AUGCCCGGCGGCAGGACGAGCAUUGUAUCAAUACUGAAUAAUGAUGAUCACCCAUCAUUCGCGGUCCGGUCCAACUCCCGACAUACAUCAAGCCAACCCUCGCCGCCAUUAUACUCCCAACCUGAGCAACUGCCCCCUCCCGUCAGCAACAGCCAGUACCCCCAUCCGCAUGCCUCAUCAGAAUCGCCGACGGCAUCACCCCGGGGAAAUCGACACCCGUUCAGCCCCAUCUCCGAGGCCGUGCAGCCCACCUCGCCGGGUUCUUCUGAAGGCUCGGCCUAUGACUAUCUGACCAGCCAUGCCUCCUCGUCCGCUUACCACCCAUACUCCCGGCAGGAGCCCCGGCGCGAUGCGUACCGGUAUCCGUCACGGGGCCCAGCGGCACCACGCACGUCGCCCGAGAUCCAGUCCAACCCGGGGACAGAAGUCAAAUCACCUGGGGGCUCACGAGGCACUGGGAAAAAGAACAAAUAUCCGUGUCCGUAUGCGGCGAGCCAUGGGUGCGCGGCGACCUUCACGACAUCGGGCCACGCGGCGCGGCAUGGCAAGAAACACACGGGCGAGAAGAGCGUGCUUUGUCCCAUCUGCAACAAGGCCUUUACUCGCAAGGACAAUAUGAAGCAGCACAUCCGAACGCACCGCACACAUUCGGACGAUAUGCGGUCGACGUCGGAGCCCGAGGCGGAAUCGCGGUGGGGGAUGAUGGCUAGACCUGAGUCGUCAAGUUAUGCGUCUGCGCACAAUCGGACGAUCAGCCAGGUCAGUCAGUCCACGGCCUCGGAUGCCAGUGUGAUACCUCCGGGAACUCAGUGA